AUGACAGUAGCUGGAAAAAUUCCCAGUGUUUUCAGGCUGAAGGACACCCGUCAAAUAGCCAUUGAUGGGGUAAGAAUAAGACGCGUCGGAAUCUCUUCGCUGAUGUUGCACAAUGUAGUGGGCUCCGACUCUGGUUUGUACACUUGUAGAGCCAGCAACACUAUCGACUCUCAUGAUCGAACCGUCGCAGUACAUGUCGCAGGUAAACUAAUUACCGGUGUUUGUUUGUUACUUGAGCGAAAGAUGUCUGAGUUCAUGCGAAGCACUUCGACGUACUUACGAGUAUUUGUUUCAGUAGAACCCAAGCUUACUGUUCGUCCUGAAAGCAAAGCAGCACUAGAAACAGCCGAUGUAGAGUUCGAAUGUUCAUCCACGGGAAGCCCUUCGCCGACUGUAUCGUGGUUCAAAAAUGGCGAAGCCAUUAUCGCUAGUCACUACUUUGUCAUCGAACCCACAAGGUGCGUCCUAAACUUCCCAUAGAU